AUGAUUGAAAGAUUAAAGAUAGCUAAAACUCGUCUGGAAGCUAUGAAUUCAUUUCAAUACUCUGGUGAUCGAAGAGAACGUCUCCCUUUGCUUGGGGAUGAGCGCGAUCAUUCCAUGGCCCGACACAAUGCUAUUUUAACUACAAAAUCCGUUCUCACAUCAAAUUAUAUUAAUAUUCUGUUAGUUUUUGUCCCCAUUGGUCUUCUUGUUGGAUGGUUUCAAUGUAAUGCAAAGUAUGUCUUCUUUUUGAAUAUGCUUGCAAUUAUCCCUCUCUCUUCCCUUCUUAGCUUUGCUACUGAACAACUAGCAUCUGACAGUGGCCCUACUAUUGGAGGAUUGUUGAACGCUAGUUUUGGUAAUGCAAUUGAACUUAUUGUUGGUGUUUUGGCUCUAAGACGCGGUGAAAUCCGUAUCGUACAAGCUUCUAUGCUUGGCUCCAUUUUGUCAAACUUACUAUUGGUAUUUGGUAUGUGCCUUGUAACGGCAGGAAUCCGACGCCAAAUCGCCAGGUUCAAUGUUACUGUUGCUCAAACUAUGGCUGCUAUGCUUGCUUUGUCUACUGCCAGCAUCAUUAUUCCUGCCGCUUUCCAUUUUAGUGUUCCCGACAACAAGGCUAGCGAAACAGCUUUGCUUCAAGUUUCUCGCGGUACGGCCGUCAUUGUACUAGUUGUUUAUCUCUUAUUAUUGGUUUUCCAACUGAAAACUCAUAAACAUGUCUGCAGAGAUGUUAGUGAAUCGGAAGAAGAAGAAGAUCAGGAACCCGUCCUUGGAUUAUACGCUUCCAUCUUCGUUCUUGGUUUAGUUACUGUUUUUGUAUCCUUAUGUGCUGAUUAUUUAGUUGGUUCUAUUGAUGCCUUAGUGGAAGAAAUCAACAUUUCCAAAACUUUUGUCGGUUUAAUUGUUCUGCCAGUAGUUGCUAAUGCCGCCGAACAUGUCACAGCCGUUAUUGUAUCUUACCGCGGCCAAAUGGAUUUGGCGCUUGGUGUUGCUAUCGGUUCUAGUAUUCAAAUUUCUAUGUUUUUGGCUCCUUUUUUGGUUAUUGUUGGUUGGUUCAUCUCUCAGCCAUUGACGCUAUACUUCGAGUCUUUGGAAACAGUAAUUUUAUUCGUUUCUGUUUUCUUGGUUAAUUACUUAAUUCAAGAUGGAGCUUCCCAUUGGCUUGAAGGUGUCCAGCUCCUUGCUCUUUACGCCAUUGUUGUUUUGGCAUUCUUUUACUUCCCGACUCAGUAA